AUGCUGUGGACACUCACCGCCCUGCUCGGCCUUGGGCUGUGUCUGGGCCAGAGGACCAGCACCCUAAAUCAGUCUCUCUCAAAACCCACCGUCUGGGCCAAACCGAAAAACAUAAUCCCAAAAGGAAAGCCGGUGGGCAUCUGGUGCCAGGGCACUCUGGAGGCUUCUGAAUAUCAACUGUUUUUGGAGGGAAGCAUUGUAGACUUGAAGAGACCACAGCCACCUGGAUCAGUGAGCAAAGUCAUGUUUCUCAUCCCAGCCAUGUCCUCGCACACUGCAGGGCGGUACAGCUGCAUCUAUCAGAGUGGGGAGCUGUGGUCAGAGCCCAGUGACCCCCUGGACCUGGUGGUGACAGGAUUAUAUGAUACACCCAGCCUCCAGGUGUACCCAGGGCCUCAGGUAACCUUGGGGGAGAAUGUGAUCUUCCAUUGCCACCUGAACACUGGAACCAGAACAUUCUUUCUGCUCAAGGAGGGAAGAUCCAACCCUGUACAGCAUGGAUAUGGGAAUAGCAAAGCAGAGUUCCCCAUGGGCCCUCUGACCAGAGCCCACAGAGGGACAUACAGAUGUUUUGGCUCCUAUAACGAUUACAUAUGGUCUUUCCCCAGUGAGCCUGUAGUGCUUCUGGUCACAGGGGAUGUUGAGAACAGCAGCCUUGUACCUACAGACCCUACUUCUUUUGAGUCCUGGGAUCCCUACCUUCUAACCACAGGAUCAAGAUUCCAGAAAGACCCCGUCUUCUGGGAUCACACGACCCAGAAUCUCAUUCGGAUCGGUCUGGCGUUUGUAGUCCUGGUGGCUCUGGUGUGGCUCUUGGCUGGAGAGUGGCUCAGUAGGAAGAGGGCCCAAAAGGAAGACAAAAGAGGUACAAAUCGGCAGUUCAGGAGAAGGGGGGGAAUUUAA